AGAGCAGUACAGUCAAAGGAGAAGUGAUGAUAGUGUGUAGUUUUAAAGUAUUUGUAUAGAUACUGCACUUCUCUCCACUUGUGACAGUUGAAGCUUCAUUUGAUCAAUUAUUCAAAAUAUGACAGUUGUAGCUAACAGCAGAGGACAAAGAGAAAAACUGAAUGAAUUUAAAUUCUAGGCUAGAACAAUAAAACCGUAUAAAGUUCUGGUAUUCUAAAGUUACAAUUUAAAAAGAUUUUGCUUUCAAAACUGAAAGCAAAAAGAAGAUGGACACAGUAUAUGUACUUUUUAAUGGCAUGUUAUACAGCUUUUAAUUACUGUUCUGCUACAUACGCAUUCCACAAAUGUGCAGAUAUGAUUUCAGUAGCUUUUUACGAGUCAUCAUGAACUUGUCCCAAAAUACUGAGCUACUGUGUCCUCUGUUCUUAGUAUAAGACAAAAAGGACUCGAGGCCAACCGUUGAUAGUAUUAAUACAUUUUAUGUUGCAUAUUGAUUAAACAACACAUUGACAUGCUGCUAUAAAUUAGGUUUAAUAUAAAACAGCAUUAUACACCCUAACAUCUGUAGUAACAUGGUGACAUUUAAAAUAUAAUCUCUGGUUUUGAUAUUGAUGGUCCAUUGCUGACGUGACACCAUCAUCUUGUCUCAAUAACGAGUGAAUGGUUCUGAGAGCUCAGCUGAACUCGUAGUGUAGAGAUGAGAUCAAACAUGAUACAUAAAUACGAAAGGACAGAGGGCUGCAGUUAAUUAGAAAUAUUCCCGAAAAUCAUUUCAAAAGACAAUAACCUGCAUGACUACAAUCAUCUUAUUUUGACACUCAGAGCAACGGUAAGAUUGACACAAAGAUGCUCUGACCUGGCUCUUCCUGUUCAGAGGAUCAUACACUGUGUGGUGUGAGUUUUUCAGUACACGCCUUCCCGCUGUCCAAACCCUCCACUCGUCCCACCCCAUCAGUCCAUCCCGUCACCGUAACAGGUAAAUGAAAGGCCAUGAAGACAGAGGUGUGGGGAGUGAACUGAUGUCUAUCUCACUCACGCUGAAGUCACGUCUGACUCGCAGUAUAUAGAGACGAGGGAUGAGUCAGAGAAACACCUGAAGUCAUCCACAACCAGAGGGACCAUGAAGCUCAGCUCUGUCAUCCUUUUGCUUCUUGCAGCUGCUGCAUCAGGGGCCAUUGAGAAGAGGGUUGUUGGGAGUAGGUCCUGUAAGACGGACAGACAGUACCAUGUGCAGAUUCAGUCUAUUCAGCCGGGAAAGUCCUGUGGCGGCUCGCUGAUCAACACCCGCUGGGUCAUCACUGCUUCUCACUGCGCUGAACAGGAUGUGAAACUGAUGCUCGGUGUAAACAAUAACGUGGGCAUUUUCACGAAAUUGUGGUCGUCGGUGAGAGGAAAGUCUAAAAAAUUGGAGCAGGUCAUCACAACCAAGCAGCAGUUCUCUUACACAGAAGAUGAGGGGAAGGCCCAUGACAUCAUGCUCAUCAAACUGAACGAGGACAUGUCUGACAAGCUGCCCACCAUCAGGCUGCCCCCCCCAGACGAGUGCACCAAACCAGCGAUACACCAGCAGGUGGAGAUCGGAGGCUGGGGAGCCAAGAAAGCUGACAUCUUAAACAACAAACUGCCCAAGAGUCUGAAGUGUGCCAGCACAGACCUUUCCACGUGUGAUGAGAAUGAUAAACCUGGGGAUCAAUAUGUCAGCGAUGAAGAAUCCACCAUGUGUGCCUUUAGGCCGGGGGUGGAGACCUGCUUCGGUGAUGCUGGCUCAGCUGUGGAGUAUAACAACCUCCUACAUGGGAUCGUUUUGAGCAACCCUGUGGAUAAGUGUGCAAGCACCAUUGUCAUGGCAAACAUCUGCCGCUACAGGGAGUGGAUUGAUGAAACCAUGAAGAAAAACCCAUGAGUGAACCUCACACACUAAUUCAGAAAGUAUAAUUAAAAUAUCUCAUAUCUUUUUUCAUUUCUAAUCAAUAUCACCUGACAACUUACUUUUACCAUAUUUUACUUUAGAUUAAAACUGGAAACUAGACUGGAUUUUGCAUUGUGCAGGGAGAAUAGACUUUUCAACAGAAGCCAGCACAUUGGGCCUCAUUCACCAACCGUUCUUAAGAGGACAUUUAUUCUUAAAACACACUUAAGCUGUGGGUUCUAUGGAGAUUCUGACAUUUACCAAUGUUUUCUUAGCUGGGAUUUUUUUCUUAUGUAAGAACAGAAUCUACUCUCCCUGAUGAGAACUCUUACACAUACUUGACAACUGAAAGGCUUCAGUAAAAUAAUCAGUUAUUGUGUGUUUUUUAUUCUACAGUUAAGGUUUAAAUUACUGAUACAGAUUUAACUGAACGUGCUGGAUUCCAUGCAUCGUUUGUUUGUGGUAUUUUAUGUCCACUGCAAAAUAUAACUGCAGUCUCAUGCCCUUUUAUGGGAAGACAUGGCAUUCAUCAAUAUAAGAACACAGAUGCCAUCAGUUUAAGAACUCAUCACGAAUCUGACGUUGAGUUUUCUUAGGAAACUUCUUAAAAACUAAUUUAGGAAAUUCUUAAGAAGACAUUGGUGAAUGAGGGCCAUUGUUCUUAAGUGCAGUUACAACCACCAGCUAUCAUCCAUACUUCUCUUUAAAGUUAUGAUUGUAGGCUUCGUUUAAAUCCCUCUUUUCUUUCCUGACCUGUCUGUAAAAGCAAAU